GUGGAAAAAAAACAAAACGAGUUUUUGCUUUAGUAACAAACUUGUGUUGUAACGUGACUCGGUAGCUCUGUCUGUUCUAAAAAGUGGGGAAAACAAAUGGCAUCUUCAAAAGCGGUACCUUCCAGACUGCGAGCUGCGGCGACGUCCACUCAGAAGAACUUCGACAAACUACCAUUUGAGAUACUGGAUAAAAUUCUGUCAUACCUGGAUGCCUAUGCACUUUUCAGCAUGAGUCACACUAAUAAGCUGUUCUAUCAGCUUGCCAGUAAUAAUGUUCUGUGGAAGAAGCUGUACAUUGCUGACAUUUGCAACAAUGAAAAGCAAAAAGCUAGGAUCGUGAAUGUCCAGCUUUUAUCCAAGAAGACUAGGGACCACGCUGCGGGUUACUGGAAAGAGCUGCAUGUCAAGACAGUAGCACAUUGUGAGAUGAAAAAAUGGAAACGUCUUCUUGGACCCAUCAACAGCCACACUGGUUUGCCGAGUCAAACAGAGCAAGUCCUCAGGAACUUGCGUGUCACCUGGGAGCUGACCGUCACUGAUAUGUCUGGACGUGAGAGUACAUUGGAGCUGAGCUGGUCCCGCUUCUCUGAGACUUCACUGACACUGUGCUGGUGUGGCGGAGACCGCUUGCCCAACUACGAGGAGAUUUUCAGCCUUCAACUGCACGGCGUCAGGAGGAUUGCCUUCAGCUGCCCCAGCCUAAAGAAACACAGCAAGAGAUCCCUGGUGGCAAACCUAGACAUGCAGCCUCUAACUAAAUGCGCGCAGGUCAUUGGACGGGACCAAUUCGUGCUGCUGAAGUUAUUACAGCCUGGAAUCAUCAUUGGUCUUUGGAGGGACGGGGGCUCUGUGGCGUUCAUUAUCUUCACUCUGCACUUCUACAAACUGGUGGAGAGAAGCACUCGUGGAUCUCACGAUUGUUCCUAUGCAGAGCCAAUCGUCCAACCCCCUUUUGAUGACAUAGACCCCGAAUACGGUCUCCAUGGUUACAAACUACAUAUUGUUCUCCACAACACUGUAUGCAAACUCAUGUCAGAAAGCUUUUCCCAGCUUUUUUGUCACAGAGCUCACAUCUCUGACGGAUGGAUCCAGCUGACUGCCAUCAGCAGAGCCGACUCCUCACAGCACAUCCAGCUUUCUGGGAAACCAGUCCUGCCCUGGCGAUGUGAAGCCUUGCAAGGCACAGUGGAGAAUUGCUGCAUUAUGUCUCUAACGCUGCUGGACGAAUUCGGAAACCAAUUCAGUCGUGUCACUACUCCCAUUUCCAUGGAGCCGGAGGAGGCAGCUGUCUCAUAUGACUACGAUGGCGAACACUAUCUCAUCCAGCAUGAGGACUCAAACAUUCAGGCGAAGAUGCAGCUUGUAAAGAUGACUGCAAAGAAGUAUUUUGUCGUCAGCUUAGUUGUCUAUGUGAGUGUUUUGUUUGCCAACAAACAUUUCAGCAGAGAUUACUGAUCAGUGUGUGUUUUCUGUUGUAUUUUACAUCUGCAGUGGUUUUACAAAUUGUCCAUUCAGUGGAAAACUCAGGUGAAGUGUUGAGUCUGACGCAGUGCCUUGUGACUGCACUGAAUAAAUGGUGUGCUUGAAACCCUGA